ACCAAAAAAAUAAAAAAUACGAACUAUUUUUCACCUCUCCACCGGUAACUAAGUCCGCCGUGAAGCCCCUCACCGCCCUCACCGUGAACCGCUACUACUUCUCCUCUGCCGUCAAUCACCCUUCCUCUCGCUGCCACAACCCAGUCCUACAGCUCCUCUUAUUUAUUCAUCACCGCCGCGAAGCAGUCGCACCGUAUUUAUAAAGUUGGGAAUUUCAUUAUUCGUUAUUGAUUAUUGGAAGUCUGCUUCAGAAGACCUAAAGUAAAACAGACAUGGAGAAGAAUGGAGAGGGUGGGAUAGUUGAUCCAAAUAUGACUACAGAUACCUUAGUACCAGAUGAUUCCAGCAUUGGUGGUUUGCUUGUGCCAGGGAAGGAUAAAGUAGUGUUCAGACCUCAGAGGAAGUCAAUCUUAGGGCUUGACGUUCUUGCCAAUGCAAAACGUUUGGAAUCAAAGGUUGAGGGUUCAUUUAAGGUUCCCAAAGAAAGAGUUGCCUCAAUAGCAGCAUCUCUCGAUGAAGACGAGGAAAAUUCUUCUUCAGGAAUUGAUGAAGUGGAUAAUAGCACGUCUAAUACCGUACGCACUUCCGCUAAUAGGCGAUACCGUGAAUUAGCUUCAAGUGGGGCAUCUGAUUCAGGAAGUCUUGUAACUGAAGAAUUACAAACUCGUGAAGCAUUCUCUCGGCAUCGUGCAGAUAAACAUAUGAAGGUUCCAAACGCGUCGCCCCGAAGUUCAAGGAACAGGAGUCCUAGUUCAGAUUAUUCGAACCAUGAUAGAAGCAGAAGCAGAAGCAGAGAUGGGGAAUACUACAAAAGCUCUAGUGGCUCUGACAGGAGAAGCAGGACUCAUAGAGAGUCGUCUCAUGGUCGAGAAAGAGAGCAUGGUGGAGACUACGGAAGAAAGAGAAGUAGAUAUGAUAGGUCUACGAGGUCACCUGGCAGAUCUGACUGGGAUGAUGGACGAUGGGAAUGGGAAGAUACCCCACGUAGAGAUGACCGCCAUCAAAAUUUUCCAUCCCCCAUGCUUGUUAGGGCCUCACCUGACGCCCGACUUGUUUCCCCAUGGUUGGGAGGGCGUACCCCUAAUUCUUCUGCUGCAUCUCCUUGGGAUAGCUUUGCUCCUUCACCCACUCCUAUUCGGGCAUCAGGGUCCUCUGUUAGGUCUUCAAAUUCCAGAUAUGGUGGCAAGUCUGAUCACUUCAACUCUUCAAAGCGGCAAUCGGCUGAGGAUGGAGAUAAUGGCCCAGAAAAUAUAUAUGAAGAGGAGAAUCAUGAGAUAUCAGAGAGCAUGCGUUUAGAGAUGGAGUACAAUACUGAUCGAGCCUGGUAUGAUCGAGAAGAAGGCAGUAAUCUAUAUGGUGAUGAUAACUCCUCAGCUUUUCUUGGUGAUGAGGCAUCUUUUCAGAAAAAAGAGGCAGAUAUAGCUAAGCGACUGGUCCGGAGAGAUGGAAGCAAGAUGUCUCUUGCACAGAGCAAAAAAUUUUCGCAGCUAACUGCUGAUAAUGCUCAAUGGGAGGACCGACAACUUUUGAGAUCAGGAGCUGUUAGAGGAACUGAGGUGCAGACUGAGUUUGACAAUGAGGAAGAAAGGAAGGUUAUUCUUCUUGUGCAUGAUACAAAACCCCCUUUUCUUGAUGGGAGGAUUGUUUUCACCAAGCAAGCUGAGCCCGUUAUGCCAUUAAAAGACCCCACAUCAGAUAUGGCUAUAAUAUCACGAAAAGGCUCCAAUCUGGUUAGGGAAAUCCAUGAGAAACAGAGCAUGAACAAGUCACGGCAACGUUUUUGGGAGCUAGCUGGUUCGAAGCUAGGUGAAAUAUUGGGUGUUGAGAAGACUGCGGAACAGAUUGAUGCAGAUACCGCUGUAGUGGGCGACGAAGGUGAAGUUGAUUUCAAAGAAGAAGCCAAAUUUGCACAGCAUUUAAAGAAGGAUGAAGCAUCAAGUGAUUUUGCUAAAUCAAAAACAUUAGCGCAACAACGACAGUACUUGCCUAUUUUUUCUGUACGAGAGGAGUUGUUACAGGUUAUCCGUGAGAAUCAGGUGGUGAUUGUGGUUGGUGAAACUGGUUCUGGAAAGACAACACAAUUAACCCAGUAUCUUCACGAAGAUGAAUACACAACCAAUGGCAUUAUUGGUUGCACUCAACCAAGGCGUGUAGCAGCCAUGAGUGUUGCCAAAAGAGUCAGCGAAGAGAUGGAAACUGAACUCGGUGGUAAGGUUGGGUAUGCAAUUCGUUUUGAGGAUGUUACUGGACCUAAAACUGUUAUUAAGUACAUGACUGAUGGUGUGCUUCUGAGGGAGACGUUAAAAGAUUCUGAUCUGGAUAAAUAUCGAGUCGUUGUAAUGGACGAAGCACAUGAACGGUCUCUAAGCACAGAUGUGCUCUUUGGUAUCCUCAAAAAGGUUGUUGCCCGACGUCGUGAUUUCAAGCUUAUUGUAACUUCUGCUACUCUCAAUGCUCAGAAAUUCUCGAACUUCUUUGGGAGUGUACCUAUAUUUCACAUUCCUGGGAGAACUUUUCCAGUGCAAAUCUUGUACAGUAAAACACCUCAAGAAGAUUACGUUGAAGCCGCAGUUAAGCAAGCCAUGACUAUCCACAUCACAAGUGCACCAGGUGACAUACUAAUCUUCAUGACCGGUCAAGAUGAGAUUGAAGCAACAUGUUAUGCUCUGGCGGAACGCAUGGAACAGCUUGCCACAGGAAAGGAAGUUCCAAAGCUGUUGAUUCUUCCCAUAUACUCCCAGCUCCCAGCUGACUUGCAAGCGAAGAUAUUCCAAAAAGCUGAAGAUGGGGAACGCAAGUGUAUCGUUGCUACAAAUAUUGCCGAGACAUCUUUGACCGUGGAUGGAAUCUUCUAUGUCAUCGACACAGGUUAUGGUAAAAUAAAGGUCUACAACCCUCGUAUGGGUAUGGAUGCUCUUCAAGUCUUUCCUGUCAGUCGAGCUGCCUCUGACCAGCGAGCUGGACGGGCUGGAAGAACUGGGCCGGGAACUUGCUAUCGCCUUUAUACAGAAACUGCAUAUCUUAAUGAAAUGCUUCCGAGUCCCGUGCCGGAAAUUCAACGAACCAAUCUCGGUAAUGUGGUUUUGUUGCUCAAGUCUUUGAAAAUCGACAACUUGUUAGAUUUCGACUUUAUGGACCCCCCUCCUCAAGAAAAUAUCCUCAACUCCAUGUACCAGUUGUGGGUCUUGGGUGCAUUAAGCAAUGUCGGAGAUCUGACAGAACUUGGUUGGAAGAUGGUGGAGUUCCCCCUCGACCCUCCUCUUGCUAAGAUGCUUUUAAUGGGGGACAGGCUAGGAUGCACAAACGAGGUUCUGACAAUCGUAUCAAUGCUUUCAGUACCGUCUGUUUUCUUUAGACCAAAAGAUAGGGCAGAGGAGAGCGAUGCUGCAAGGGAAAAAUUCUUUGUGCCAGAAUCGGACCAUCUUACCCUUCUAAACGUAUACCAGCAGUGGAAAUCCAAUCAGUAUAGGGGUGAUUGGUGUAAUGACCAUUAUCUGCAUGUCAAAGGUUUACGCAAGGCUAGAGAGGUGAGAUCUCAGUUACUAGAUAUUCUAAAGACACUGAAGAUUCCACUCACAUCGUGUGGUCCAGAUUGGGAUGUAGUUAGAAAAGCUAUAUGUUCCGCUUAUUUCCAUAAUGCUGCGCGAUUAAGGGGUGUCGGUGAGUAUGUGAACUGCAGAAACGGAAUGCCGUGCAAUUUGCACCCUAGCAGUGCGAUAUACGGUUUGGGUUAUACACCGGAUUAUGUGGUGUAUCAUGAGUUGAUUUUGACAUCGAAAGAGUACAUGCAGUGUGCGACUGCAGUUGAACCCCAUUGGUUGGCUGAGUUGGGGCCCAUGUUUUUCUCAGUGAAGGAUUCUGACACGUCGAUGCUGGAGCACAGGAAGAAACAAAAGGAUGAGAAAACUGCAAUGGAGGAAGAGAUGGAGAAUUUGAGGGCUUUCCAAGAGAAGAGGGAGAAGGAGAGAAAGGAGAGAGAGAGGAUUAAGAGACAGAAGGAGCAGCAAUCAGUUUCGAUGCCUGGGUUGAAACAGGGGAGUUCCACUUACUUGAGGCCGAAAAAAAUCGGCUUGUAAAAAAAUCUAAAAAAAUCUAUAUUUUUUAUGUACAUUUUUGGUGUUGUUGAUUAAUGCGCGACUGGAUGAUAAACAUUUACCCUCUCGUUAAGCAAGCACACAUCGUGUCUGUUCCUCAUCUCAUUUUUCUACUUCCCUAUGAACUAUGAAGAGAGACAUUAUUAUAUUGGCUUUUGAGAAGGACUAAUGAAAUGUCUUUUUCGUUAUUUGUAAUCGCCAACUUUUACGUAUCGACUAUAGCUUGGUCGGCCGUCCUUCAAACUUCGAUUAGCUUUCCUUUUUGUUCCUAUCAUUUUCACCACCUAUUCGGUAUUUUUGUUAGUUUGGCCCUACCAUUGGAUGUAUUGAUUUGUAAUCUCUCGAUCUAGUGGAUUGGAGUGUAAUGUUUUGGGGAUGUAGGACUCUUACUGAGUUCCAGCCUCUUAAUCUUAAUGUGUUUUUCUUCACUUUUCA